AGUUUGGGAAUUUUCGAGGUUGAGCUCAUCAGCAUGAUGUCCAAUGGAGCGGCCCCCCAAAACAACAAUGAUCGAUACAAAAGCAUACUCCAUCCCAAGGGGCCGCCGUCUACGCCUACUCUGUUGUAUCUUUCUCCCUCUUCAUUCUUUCCCUUGGUAUCGCCCUUACUUUCCUUAACUUAGUGGCGAAAAUGCGUUGGGCUUCCGUUCUUUCUUCAGCCUUGCUCGUCGCGGGCGCGAGCGCGGUCCCUCAUUUGUAUAAGAACAACAAGAACCUUGCUGCUGCCUCGUCCACGGCGGUUCCAGCUCCUACAGGAGGUGCGAGCUACUGGCUGGCCGAUGUGAAGCACCAGGGCAAUGCCCCUUAUGCCGACAGUGGCUACAAAGUUUUCCGUAACGUCAAGGACUACGGCGCUGCUGGUGACGGCUCAACUGAUGACACUGAUGCUAUCAACAAAGCCAUUAGUGAUGGCAGCCGUGCCAGCCCGGCGUCCAACACAACUUCUUCUACAACCCCUGCAAUCGUUUACUUCCCCCCGGGAACCUAUGUUGUUUCGGCACCUAUCAUUGACUACUACUUCACCCAAAUCAUUGGAAACCCCAACGAUCCGGCUACCAUCAAGCCCACCUCCAGCUUUAAAGGCAUUGGCGUCAUCGAUGGCGACCAAUACCAGAAUAAUGGCAAGGAGGGCUGGAUUUCGACUAAUAUUUUCCUUCGCCAGGUGCGAAACUUGAUUAUCGAUUUGACCGACAUCCCAGGAACCACUGCCGCUACUGGUAUUCACUGGCCUACUUCUCAAGCCACUAGCCUGCAGAACGUCGUAAUUAACUGCAACGCCGAUGCUGGCAGCCAGCACCAGGGUAUCUUUAUUGAAGACGGUUCUGGUGGAUUCAUGAGCGAUGUCACUGUUAAUGGCGGUUUGUACGGAAUGAACAUUGGGAACCAACAAUUCACCUUCCGCAACAUCACCAUCAACAAUGCUGCUACUGCUAUUAGCCAGAUUUGGGACUGGGGCUGGACCUACGUAGGACUCAACAUUAACAACGCCACGACUGGCAUUAACUUCGUUGGAGGAACUACCGGUCAGGCAGUUGGUGGUGCCAACAUCAUCGACAGCACCAUCUCUAACGUCAAGACCUUUGUCAACACUACGUGGACGUCUGACGCCACCCCUGCUGGUGCCGGUAACUUGAUCUUAGAGAACGUCGUUCUGGAUUCUGUCACAACCGCGGUCCAGGGUCCCAGCGAGACCUACCUCAAGGGCGGCUCCUCCACUAUCGCCUCCUUCGGUCAGGGUCACCAGUACACCCCAUCCGGUCCCAACACCCUGCAGGGCACCUACGCCCCGAUCGCCAGACCUAGUGGCCUCACUACUGGCUCCGGCUCCAACUACUUCACCAAGUCCAAGCCUCAGUAUGAGAACGUCCCUGCCAGCCAAGUUGUCAGCAUCCGUGAUGCCGGUGCCAAGGGUGAUGGAAAGACCGACGACACCAAGGCCAUCAACUCGGCCCUCAGCUCUGCUUCGUCGAACGGAACCAUCGUAUUCUUCGACUACGGUAUCUACCUGGUCACCGACACCAUCUACUUCCCACCCGGUGUCAAGGUUGUGGGUGAAAGCUACCCCAUUAUUGCCGGCAGUGGUGACGCCUUCUCCGACGCAAGCAACCCUCUCCCCGUCGUCCAGGUCGGAAAGAGCGGCGAUAAGGGUACUAUCGAAUGGUCUGACUUCCGUGUUGGUACCAUUGGCGGUGCUGCUGGUGCUAUUGCUAUUGAAUGGAACCUCAACGGUGACCAGGGAGCUGGCAUGUGGGAUGUCCACACCUUGAUCGGUGGCUGGACUGGCUCUAGCCUGCAGGUCAAAGACUGCCCUACCUCAGCGUCUGUUUCGGCCUCCUGCCAGGCUGCUUUCAUGUCUGUUCACAUCACCAAGGAUGCUCAGAACUUUUACUCUGAGAACAACUGGUUCUGGACUGCUGACCACGACAUUGAUGAUCCGACCAACACUCGCGUGUCGAUCUACACUGGUCGUGGUGUCCUGGUUGAGGCUAGCAAUGUUAUCAUGUGGGGAACUGGCGCAGAGCAUCACGGUCUCUACCAAUUCCAAUUCCACGGUGCUUCCAACGUCGUCGGUGGCUACUUCCAGACUGAGUCUCCCUACUACCAGCCAUCCCCCGAUGCCACCGCCGGCCCAUACAAGUCCAACACAACCUGGAACGACCCCGACUUCAGCACCUGCCUAUCUGGUAACUGCGAUGCUCUUGGUCUGCGUGUCACCGAUAGCUCCAGUCUGUCUCUGUACGGCACUGGUCUGUACAGCUUCUUCAACAACUACGACACCAGCUGCUCCAACUCUGGUGGCUCCGAGAACUGCCAGAGCGAGAUCUUCCGUGUCGACGGUAGUGUUUCGAACCUGAAUGUGUAUGGCUACAACACCGUUGGUGUGACGAACAUGAUCACUGUCAACGGAACCGGCGCGGCCAAGUACUCUGACAACCUGAGCGUGUAUCCUGAUUCCAUCGCUUUGUUUUCUGUCUAGAGAAGAGUUUUCCAUAGCUUCUUGAUAUAGCUUUCUAAUGUUCAUGAAUGUACAUUUGGAAUGAUUGAGGGGUAUAUACCUAUCAAUAUAUACAUGUAUACUGAUAAUUAUUUUCGAAAUCGAGCCGAACCCCGUUGAUCGGGCGAUUCGGUGUACUUUAAAUAGGACUGUAAUCCGGACUAGGUCUUG